AUGGCUUCCCACCAUGAUGACGAUACGAUGCCGGAGGAGACACAGGGCUAUAAACUAUCUCAGCCCAAGCAGAGUCUGGCCGAGUACAGUCAAAUGGUAAACAAAGCUCGACACCGCUUGGAAAUGUUCUCCACACGACCUCCACCUCCGUCGCUGGACUCUGCUUCACCAGAGACUCAGCCGUUCCGCUCGUCGCUCAGGUUGCCUGCAUAUCGACCAACUGAUUAUGCGCCGCCCGGGCCUGAAGAGCAGCUGCUGCAGCAGGCGUAUUCAUACGAGCCCCGUCUUGACCUAGGAGCAAUCACCCUGUCAACAUUUAUCCUACCCAGCCUCAAGUCACGUCCCAUUCCGUCGGUUAUGAGCCCACUGAAUGUCAUGUUGCGCAUCGACUGGGCCCAUCGCCACCGGGAUCAAAGCAUGCAGCCAAGACGAAACCAUGACCUAACAAAUGCGACGACGACAGAUGCCGGAGACGAGUCCCUGCAGAGGUACAAGCAGUCCCUGGGCCUCGGCCAGGGCAAGGACCUCUCAGACCCCAACGACCCGCGAGUGUGCAUCAUCUACAGCCUAACCAUGGAGUCGCCAGGCCGCGACCCGGUCAAGAUUGAUCUGCGGACUCCCGGCAGCGAGAAAACCUUGAAGGAUCAUCCCUUCAAGAUCAAGGAGGGUGCCAAGUUUACUAUGGUUGCCGAUUUCAAGGUCCAGCAUGAGAUUCUCAGUGGUCUACACUACGUUCAGGUCGUCAAGCGCAAGGGUAUCAAGGUCAGCAAGGACAGCGAGAUGAUUGGAAGCUACGCUCCGAACACGGACAAGCAGCCGAUUUACACCAAGAAAUUCCAAGAAGAGGAGGCUCCCACAGGCAUGCUCGCCCGUGGCCACUAUAACGCCAUCUCUAGCUUUGUUGACGAUGACAAGAAGAAGCACCUGGAGUUCGAGUGGAGUUUCGAUAUCGCCAAGGACUGGUGA